CUUUCUCUCUCCCUCAUUCCCUGAGCCCAUUCCUCACAUUCCUGCUCCAAGCUGCUCCGUCAGAGCUGGAGAAAUACUGCGCUAAUUCGGUACACAUUCUGCCCUUAAAUGACACACCACGACUGCCUGGCUGCCUGAGCUCUUCUCUCGUAAGAGGAUUGGUCAGCUAUCCCCCUCUGAUCAGGUGGAGUCCUCGGCCCCCAAUUUGUGAACUGCCCCUCCAUCAGAGGUCUCCUGUAACCCCCCACCACCACCCUGUCUGCGGAGUGGGUAUCGGCGUCCUCUCCAGGGGGCGCCAGCGAGGAGCUGAGUGAAGCUUUGGACAAGCCUUUGGAGAACGAUGCAGAGGGCGUGUGGAGUCCUGAUAUUGAGCAGAGCUUCCAGGAGGCACUGGCCAUCUACCCUCCCUGUGGUCGCCGCAAAAUCAUCCUCUCUGAUGAGGGCAAGAUGUACGGACGUAAUGAGCUAAUAGCACGCUACAUCAAACUGCGAACAGGAAAGACGCGGACGAGGAAACAGGUGUCCAGUCAUAUCCAAGUGCUGGCGCGGAGGAAGGCUCGGGAGAUACAGGUGAAACUGAAGGACCAGGCAGCCAAAGACAAGGCCCUCCAGAGCAUGGCCAACAUGUCAUCAGCACAGAUCAUCUCUCCUACUGCCUUCCAGAACAAAAUGGCCCUGCAGAGCCUCUCACGGCCCGCAUACCCAACUGCUGGUGGGUUUUGGCAUGGAGCACUUCCAGGUCAACCAGCGUCUACAGAGGACAUCAAACCAUUUUCGCAACAGAACUACGUCAUGCAAGCCACAGGUCCUUCCAUCACAGGUUAUGAGAGUGCGUCAGGUCUGUCUAUGUCCCCUAGUGCUCCCCCUUGGCAAGGCAGAAGUAUAGCUAGCUCUAAGCUGCGGAUGUUGGAGUUCUCUGCCUUUCUGGAGCAACCACAAGACCCGGAGAAUUUCAACAAGCACUUGUUUGUGCACAUUGGUCAGUCAAACCCAACAUAUUCUGACCCUUAUUUGGAGGCUGUGGACAUCCGGCAGAUCUAUGACAAAUUCCCUGAGAAGAAAGGAGGUCUGAAGGAGCUGUUUGAGAAAGGACCAGCAAACGCGUUCUUCCUUGUCAAGUUCUGGGCGGACCUCAGCGUGAACCUCCAGGACGACAGUAGUUUUUUCUAUGGUGUCUCGAGCCAGUACGAGAGCUCAGAAAACAUGAUCAUCACUUCCUCCACUAAAGUCUGCUCCUUCGGCAAGCAGGUGGUGGAAAAAGUGGAGACGGAGUAUGCACGGUUUGAGAACGGGCGAUAUGUAUUUAGAAUCCACAGAUCACCUCUAUGUGAAUAUAUGAUCAACUUCAUCCACAAACUCAAACAUCUACCAGAGAAAUAUAUGAUGAACAGCGUACUGGAGAACUUCACUAUUCUACAGGUUGUUACGAACAGGGACACUCUGGAAACAUUGCUGUGUGUGGCUUACGUAUUCGAAGUGUCAACCAGUGAGCACGGCGCCCAGCAUCACAUCUACAGACUGGUCAAAGACUGAUACACUGAGGCUCAGGCCAUUAGACCCCUUUUUACCACUACAACUACUACUGCUACUACUACUACUACAGUUAAAAGCACCACAGCUCCCCCUACUGACUGCAGUCAUAGCCUUCUAUGCUUUAGUCAGGGAUGACAAGUGCAUCAGGGCAAACGACUCCACAGCAUUGCUGUCCAGAGGCCUGAGCAGACGAGGCUUCACUACAGGAACCUUACAGAAUGGGAACCAUUGGAACGCUUGAGAAUGUCAGGAGGUCACUGUGCAUGUUAUGACAGGCAUUUUGUGUUCUCUUGUGUUUUUCUUUUUGUAUAAUGGAACCUCUGAUUAGAAAGAAAAUGCAUGAAGAUGUUUUUUUUUUUUGCUUCCUCUUCUUUAAUCCAGUUUUACUCGAGUGUUUGUUAUAUGUCUUUUCACACAAUUGCAUGUGUGACGUCCUGUCUGGUGCUCACCUAGUGACCACAGAUAUAUAUCAAAUCUUGUAUAGACUCCAGAGUGGAGAAAAAAAGGUACACCAAAAUGUGACUUUUAUUUGGCUCAAUUCCGUGUGGUCAUUUUACAAUAUUUCAAGCAAUUAUGCAAGACAAAUUUGGUAUUUAAAGACAGUUCUGGGAGAGUAGUUUUUUUAUAGCUUCGGUUUAGGAAGCUUGGAGUUAGGAGCUAAAUUUGGUGUAUUAAAACAUGGAAAAAACCAUCUUAGCAGUGCAAGGGGUCUUUGAGGACUGGAGCUGAAAACUACUGACAUAUAGUGUUUGACUCAAAUUCAUUAUGUACUAUUUAUCAUUUAUCAAAAGAAAUCAUGAUGUAUUCUUUUCUAACUUGAAGCAGAAUUCUGUCACAUGUGCAGAAAUAGACAGAAAGAAAGCCACAAGUGUGCCAGUAUGAGCCUGCACAUAGAAAACCGGGAAGAUAAACUUGGAACUUUGCAUAUCAGGACUUGACUACAGAGUCAUGUGUUUGAUUGUAAUUUCUCUAUAUCAAUGAGGAAGCUAAAUCUACCAAAAAACAUUUUGACAAAUGAAAUUAAAUGAAGAAAAUGUCACAGUC